AGGGAGGGAGCAGAGGGCUGCGGGCAGGAGUGGAAGCUGCUCUGCGGGUCCCAGAGGGAGUCACCUAAGGGUCUGGUCAGCUGGUGACGCUCGGGUCUCCUGGAACCUCACGUGGCAGCGCACUCCAGCGAAUAGUCCCUGCCAGGGGUUCGUAAUUAGCCCAGCUUCGGUCAGUGCUGGUCAGGCCCCAUCCUAAGGCCCCUUUGGGCGCUGACAGUGAAGACUGGCCUGCUCUAUAGAGUGACACCGUAAGGACAGCCUUUUAGUACCGGCUAUGGCUUGGAGUGUGCUGCCCUUUGAGGGAGCCAGUGCAGGGGAGGACCCCUCUGCUGUCAAAAGUGAUACUGUCUUAGCAGGGAACAUGCUGGCACGGGUUGUUACCCAGGCUCUCGCUUCCUUUGUAAGGACUUUGAUAGAAAUAUGUAGUAACUUAGAAAGCAAAACAUUGAGACUGGUUCCACCUUUUAACACACCCCUAAUUGCUCAGGAUGCUUUGGGAAUGCCAGCCCCGUUUGGUAUAAGGUCUAGGGAUGUAAAUCCGUUCUCAUCCAGUCAAUGUAUUCUCAAUAAAGGCCUUCUUUGAGGGUCAUUUGAAGUUUGGGGUUAUGCCCAGCUUUCUGCUUCCUGCUCUAGUUUACUGUAAUAGCCGAGUGUGUGAAAGUCAUAGUCCAAACAGACUUGGGACUGAAUCCUGCUCUCCCGCUUUCGGAUUGUGUGGCCUUGGGAAAGUUUCUUGAUGUCUUUUUGAACUCAUCUAUAAAAUGUUGGUAACCGUUUAUAUGCCUCAGAGGGUUAUUGAGAGAAUUAAAUGAGAAAUAGUAUGUGCAAGUUACUCAGUUUACUUCAGUAGUAGUCAACUUUUUUCUUGUUUUUCAUAUGCACACCUUUGUAUAUCUUUCUUUUAGGCUUUCAUUUUUCCCAAGUUAUGUAUUCUUUCUAUCUUAACUCGGGUGCCAAGUUCAUACAUAACUGCCUUCCAGUGAUAGAUCACAUUUUUUCGGUCCCUUAAAGUAGGUCAGGGAUUGUAUUUGCCUGAAGAAGAUAAAGUUGAGGCUGAAAUGGAUACUGGGAUUAUGAUAGACUUAGAGGCAAGAAAGAGAUCUCGCAUUCGCUUUCUUUUAUAGUUAGUGGUUAUUGUUUAAAAUUAUUAUCCGAGUCCUGCUUUGCACUAAUUUCUUGUUACUGGUUAUGGAAAUCCUAACUUUCUUUUGAAAUUGACUUGAAAGGUUUCAUCCUUUUAAGGACCAAGUUAUUCUUUCUAAACUAAACAGGGUGCUUUCUCUUUAGUGGCUUCUUUACCUGCAUGUUGAUUCCUUGAAGUCUUAUGAUUGGUUCCUUUCCCCUGCCCCAAUAAAAAAAAACUUUGUUUUUUCCAUUAAGUGUUUCUAAGCUCUGAGUGGACAAUUAGUAUUGUAUUCAUUCUAUUUUUGAAGCCUGAUCUUCAUAUUUUAAUGUGAAAAUUUAAUUUUUUAAAUUAUUUCCUUGGAAAAGAUAUAUUGGGUUAACUCUUAAUUCUAAACACUUGCAUAUGGGAAAGGAUUUUUCUAAAAGGACUUCUAAAGAUCAUAUUUCUUAUUUUCAGGAUUAUUAGCAGACCAUUCUAUGCCUACAACUGUUAUGUUACGAUGACUGGGAAGGAAGAAGAAUACAUUUUAACAAAUGCCUCCCAACGUGACCCGUUUCCUUCCGCAGGAUUUCUGACCGCUAGCGUGGCUGUGACCAUUGUGAUGGAGCAAGAGAAAAGCUUGUUGGUCUCAGAUUCUAAAUGCUUCACUGAAAGGAAGAGUUCAAAAAGCUCUUUUACAGGACAUGAAAGUAAGAAUAAUUUAGAAACUGUUCAACACAAUAACCGUAAGGCAGAUAAACUUAAAGAGAGAGCCUCAAAAUGGUCUAAAAAAGAUGGCCUACAAAAUUGUAAGCAUGAGGAUACAAAAGAAAUACCACUGACAGGGUCCCAAGGAGAUGAAACUUGGCAUGAUGGUUUCUAUGAGAAUAAUGGCAAGUCAGAGAAUCAGGAAAAUUCUACAGGAAAAGAGGAAGAAAAACCCAAUGAUGGGGGUUGGGGCCCAGGAGAACAUGCCAGUGCCUCUGUCCAGCAGAAUUCAUCCUUCAGAGACAAACCCUACAAAUGUUCUGAAUGUUGGAAAAGCUUCAAUAACAGUUCUCAUUUGCGUGCUCACCAACGGACCCACUCAGGAGAAAAACCUUAUAAAUGUUCUGAGUGUGGGAAAUGCUUCAGUAACAGCUCUCACCUGAUUCAACAUCUGAGAACACACACAGGAGAGAAGCCCUAUCAGUGUGGGGAAUGUGGGAAAAGCUUCAGCAAUACCUCCCAUCUUAUUAUCCAUGAGAGGACACACACAGGAGAGAAACCCUAUAAAUGUCCUGAGUGUGGGAAGAGUUUCAGCAGCAGCUCUCACCUGAUUCAGCAUCACAGAUUACACACUGGUGAAAAACCAUAUGAAUGUCCUGUUUGUGGGAAAUGCUUCAGCCACAGUUACGUCCUAAUAGAACAUCAGAGGACUCACACUGGAGAAAAACCUUACAAAUGCCCUGACUGUGGGAAGGGUUUUAGUCAGAGUUCCAGCCUGAUUCGCCACCAGCGGACACACACAGGUGAGAAACCCUACAAAUGUAUUGAGUGUGGAAAAAGCUUUGGUUGUAAUUCUACUCUAAUAAAGCAUCAGAGAAUACAUACAGGAGAAAAACCCUACCGGUGUACAGAAUGUGGGAAGAAUUUCAGUAGAAGUUCAAACCUCAUAGCACACCAGAAAACACACACAGGAGAAAAACCCUAUGAAAGUUCAGAUUGUGAAGAAAGUUUGAGUCAGAACUGCAGUGUGAUAGAAGAAUGUAGGACCCAGCCAGGAGAGAAACCAUAUAAAUGUUGUGAAUGUGGAAAGAGUUUUGGCCUCAGCUCCCAUCUCAUCAGACAUCAGAGGACACAUACAGGAGAAAAACCUUACAGAUGUUCUGAGUGCUGGAAAACUUUUAGUCAGAGUUCCACCCUGGUGAUUCACCAAAGGACACACACAGGAGAGAAACCUUAUAAAUGUCCUGAUUGCAGUGAGUGCUUUAGUCAAAGUUUUAACCUUAUCAGGCACCGGAGGACCCACAUGGGAGAAAAACCUUACAAAUGUACUGACUGUGAGAAAUGCUUUAGCAGAAGUGCCUAUCUCAGUCAGCAUCGGAAAAUUCACAUACAAAAGUCUUUUGAGUCUCCUGAGGUUGAAGAUUUUCCUCCUGAAUGGACUUGGAAAGACUGUUCAGGGGAACUGGCCCUCAUCUCAUCAUUUUCAGUCCCAAAUUCAUCUUCCUCUUAAGUCCCAAAGUCCACUUUUCUUUUUGGGACAUUAUUAUUAAGGUGUUCUCUGAUCACUGCACUACAAAGUGAACCCGUCGGCCAGGCGGGAACCUGAGGAGGGGCAGUGAAGGAUUAAAGCAGACAAGAGAAUACACUUGGGACCAGGUGGAUCACUGCCUGGAUGAGGAAACAGUGACACAGCCUGUAAGCCGAAGCUUUAUUUUAUAGUCAGAUCACACAAAGCAAAACAAAGGCAGUGGUCAACAUGUUUACAAUAAUCUAUUUUGUUACUCAAGCCUUGUUUUGGCAGCAAUUGAUACAUAUCCCACAGCCCAUUAACUAGACCUAGGAACAAGGGAGGACUAUAAGGUCAAGCUUAAUUGUGCUAGGAGGGCUCUGCCCUCCAACCUGGGACUUGUAUGAGGCUCUGCCACAGGUCAGUCUGAGGCUUGACCCUAUAGCCGCUCCCUACACAGUUUCUUUGGUUUGUUUGCCAAAACAUCUAGAAAAGGUGAACCUCUUGGGAGGAUGGGAAGAUCUAGAUCACUAACUAGGUCAUUGAAUCUGCCCAGUGAGAGAUACUGCCAUGGAUGGAGAAAAAGAAGAAAUUUGUUUUGAUCUAAGGUAAAACAGGAAGAGCUUCAAAAGAAAACUUAAAGUGUGCCCUGGCCAGUUUGGCUCAGUGGAUAGAGCGUUGGUCUGCAGACUGAAGGGUCCCAGGUUCAAAUCUGGCCAAGGGUACAUGCCUGGGUUGUAGG